AUGGCGACCGAACUCAUCAUGCCCUCGGUCAACACGCAACCGGGGUAUGGCUUCUACGACCGACCUCAGCACCACCGAUCCCAGUCCUACCAGAUUCCUCAGCGCGGCGUUAACUACACGGGCGUCUCCUCCCUCAGCAGCAGCAACUCGUCUGGCAACUCUCCCACCUCUCCCAAGGCCUACCACACCCGCCAAGCGCGUCCUCUCUUCAUGCCCGCAGCCCUCCGCCCCAACGAGUCUACUGGAGACAGCGGCAAGGCUUUUGAGGAGGACGAGGAUGAGCUUGACGUCGAUAUGUUCCCCGACGUGACUGCCCUACCCACAAAACAACACUGGAAGCCCGAUCCGGCAUCCACGGUUUGCGACGACCCAACUUGCAAGCGAACCUUUGGCUACUUUACGCGCCGCCACCACUGUCGCCGCUGUGGUAACAUCUUUUGCGACACGCAUUCCAGCAAUGCGGUCAUCCUCGACCAAGACGCCAACUAUAACCCCCGCGGUUCGCCAUCGCGUGCCUGCAAUCACUGCCACACAGAAUACCAGUCCUGGAGGAGCCGCAACAGCAGCCGUAACUCGAGCUCAGCGUCUUCCGAGAUCGCGGGGGCAUCCGCCUCGGGUCCCAAGGCCUGCAAUUCGAUCGCUGCGUCCGCCAACGCUCUCGCAAGCUUGGAUCUUGCCAAGGCCAGCGUUGCUGCUAGUGUGCCCAGGGACUGGAACUGGAGCACUUUUUAA